AUGUCAGAAACCCAUUUGCAUCCUGGCAGGAGGACCGGUCUUCGAUCCGUCGAGGCACGAAUUUGCCUAAAGCCCCCAAGCCUCUGUCUACGCAUACAGGAACUUGCGAUAGCUAGUCGACAAAGUGCAUCACAUCUUUUCCCUGGGCAGCUUCCUGUCGAAGUGUGCCGGCAUAUUGGGACUCACUCGUCCAAGUUCAUUGAAAUGAUCGACUCGCCUAUCACCAACAAGGACAAAGUGCUGCCGAGCUCUCGAAUCAUGGGAAAUGCCAUGAAUGCAACACAGCUUGGAAUUUGGAUUUACGAGAAGUAG